CCUCCUCUCCUCCCUUCCGCCUUGCCUCAAACCCGCAAGAAAAUGGCCCAAAAAUUAGCAACCAUCUUCGUUGCUCUCCUCGCCGUUGCGUCCGCCGACCCGGAUCCGUUCCUCGACUUCUGCGUCCCCGACCCCGGCACGAACCCGGUCGACCUGAACCGGCUCGCCUCCUACCCCUGCAAGAACCCGGCCAACCUCACCGCCGGCGACUUCGUCUUCUCCGGCGUCAAAUCCCCGGCCCGGAUCCCCCCCUCGACCGGGUUCGUUGGCGUGGCCGUGAACCCGGUCCAGUUCCCGGGCCUCCACACUCUGGGGAUGUCCUUCGUCCGAGCCGACUUCCGACCGGGCGGGGUGAACCCGCCCCACUUCCAUCCGCGGGCCACCGAGACGGCGCUGGUGGUAGCGGGACGGAUCUACUCGGGCUUCGUGGAUUCAAGCGGACGGGUGUUCGCUAAGGUGGUGGAGGAGGGGGAAGUGAUGGUGUUCCCCAGGGGGAUGGUCCAUUUCCAGAUGAACGUCGGGGAUUCGCUGGCGACCAUCUUUGGGAGCUUUAAUAGCGAGAAUCCCGGGGCAGUGAGGAUUCCGGGUACGGUGUUUGGAUCCGAUAUCAAGGUGGAGCUAUUGGAGAAGGCGUUUGGGUUGAGUCCCAAAGAGCUUGAAAGGUUGAAGGAGAGACUGGGGCCCAAAGGAUCGAUGGAGACAAUGGAGUAGAAGGUAUUUUGGAAUUUCUUAUAAUUUCUUGUCGAUUUGUUUAAAUUUGAUCAUGCAAUAAUGAGCCAAACAUUUUAGAAAUAUGUGAGAAGAGGAGUUUUUGAGGCCAAAAUGUUUUCUUUCUUUUUUUCUUUCCUCUAGCAGGAUUUUAAGUCUGUAAUCAGUGUUCUUUUAUAUCUAAUGGUGUCUUCUAUCUUGCUUCUCUGAGCUGUAAAGUGUGAACAUGAACACAGCACCAAAAAGAGAGUUGGGUUGUCGGCUAGCUCUAUGUAAGGAUUGGUCUUGGUGAACAACCAAACUGAAAGGAUUUUAGUGAUGGGACCACAUGUUGUCUCUUUCGUCAAA